AUGAUGAAAGACAGAACAGAUGAAAAUCCUGAUGUAGCUGACAAACCGGUGGAUCUCGAUGAUGUCUUGGCCAACGAACUCGGCCAGUUCGGCUACUUCCAGUUAAGGAACAUCAUUCUGGUGAUCAUACCGAUAAUGAUGUCUGCGUUCAUGAGUGAAUAUGUGUUUUCUGCAGCAGCUAUACCGCAUCGGUGUCAAAUACCUGAAUGUGGUGAGGAAGAUAUGUUCCAAGAAUAUAAUCAAAAUUGGAUCAGCAAUGCUGCUCCCAAAACUGGUUAUGGCAUUUCUUACUGUACAAGAUAUGCUCCCCAAGGCGAAAGCAUGUAUGGAUCGAUAGAGUACUGCCCCGCUACUCUGUUUAAUAUGAACAAAACUAUCGCUUGUGAAGGAUAUGUUUACGCUAACAACAAUUCAGUUGUAUAUGACUUUGAUCUUGGAUGUCAAGAUUGGUUGAGAGCUUUGGCGGGAACUCUUAAUAGUGCUGGUAUAUUGCUAGCAAUGCCAAUAACAGGGUACGUCUCAGACCGUUACGGACGAAAACUGGCGUUGGUCGUCAGCGUAUUCAAUUUAAGCCUCUUCGGUCUCAUCAGAGCCUUCUCAACAAAUUACUUAAUGUAUCUGAUUCUUCAAAUAGUUCAAACAACGCUUGGUGCGGGUACCUUCAGCUCUGCUUAUAUUUUUGCUGCUGAACUAGUUGGGCCAAAAUACCGAGUGGCUGUCAGUGCGACUUUAUCCUCGAUAUUUGCUCUCGGGGAAGUCAUUCUUGGUACUAUAGCAUGGCUUGUCCAGCCUUGGAGAUAUAUGUUGAUUGCUCUCCACGUUCCCGGUUUCCUGGUUAUACUUUACUGUGGAGUAUUAUCAGAAAGCAUUCGAUGGUUGCUAUCAAAAAGAAAGUUUGACGAGGCUAGGAAGAUUUUAGAAAAUGUUGCCAGAAUAAAUAGAACACGGAUAAGUAACAAGUCCUUGGAAGCGUUGAUAAAUAUACCACAGCAACCACUUGAAAAGGAGGGAAAACCUAAUUUGUUCCAUGCGAUAAUUAACUCUCCCAUAUUGCUAAGAAGAGUAUUGACUACUCCUGUCUGGUGGAUAACUACAAUAUUUGUGUAUUACGGUCUAUCAAUCAACUCAGCACAUCUCUCUGAGACCAUGUACCUGAACUUUAUUUUGACCUGCAUCAUCGAAAUCCCAGGGUUUUAUACGGCUGUCUUGGUGAUGGACAGAACCGGACGGAAACUAACACUAUCCUCCGGCUUCUUUUUUAGCGCUAUAUGUAAUAUAGCCUUUGUAUUUAUACCAUACAACUUAUCCAUUACCCGUUUGGUAUUUUUUCUUCUUGGGAAGUUCAGUAUUUCUAUGGUGAUGACGUCAUUGUAUUUAUACACCUCCGAGCUUUACCCAACGGAGUAUCGCCACAGUUUACUAGCAUUCUCAUCAAUGAUUGGACGUAUUGGAGCUAUUACAGCGCCAUUAACUCCAGUACUUAUGUCUUAUUGGUAUGGGACACCGUGUAUGAUGUUUGCCACUAUGGGAGUUAUAUCAGGCUUACUAGUUUUAUCACAACCAGAAACCUUAGGAACAAAGAUGCCUGAUACAUUGGCUGAAGCUGAGAAACUUGGUAGAAAUGUCGACCCGGGAAGAAGCUCACGGUGA